AGCAAGCCCAAGAUACACAAAUUUUGUAGAGAUCCACGAGAAAGCCCAAUGCCAGUAGCUAAAACAAAGUCCAGUGUAAAUGCAUCACAGGCAAAAGGAGAAGGGUCCUCAAACUCAAUGCAUCAUUCCCCAACUCAAUGGGUGGAAAAACAAGAAAAAGAAGAAGAAAACCCAGACCAAAGAAGUAGUAUUGUGUGGAAUGAUAACUCUGCGUUGGUUUUGGCAACAAAGUCAGGUUGCGUGGAGAUUGUGGAAGAAAUACUAAAAAUGUACCCUCAGGCUGUGGAGCAUAUUAACGCCAAGGGAAGGAAUGUGUUGCAUGUAGCCAUUAGGCACAGGCAAAUGAAGGUUUUAGACCAUUUGGAGAGGAUGGAAACACCGAUGAGGAGGCUUAUAAGGAAGAUUGACAAUCAAGGGAACUCUAUUCUACAUAUGGUUGGUAUGAAAACGAAAAAACAUAUGAAGGAGAAGACCCGAAGCCCUGCAAUCCAAUUGCAACAAGAGUUGCACCUGUUCGAGCGUGUGAAGGAAAUUUCAAAUGUGCAUUUCAUCAAACACUACAACUGUAAAUGGCAAACUGCAGGAGAGCUAUUCAUUACCAACAAUGAGGAGCUCCAUAAGGAAGCUAGAGAAUGGUUGAAGAGAACCUCUAAAAACUGCAUUAUUGUGGUGGUUCUCAUUGCCACUGUGGCCUUUGCGGCUGCCUAUACCAAUCCUGGUGGCACAAACCAGAGCACUGCCCUACCCGUUCUCCUUUACCAGCCAUUCUUUAUGGUCUUCACCCUCACUGAUGUCCUCUCCCUCACAUUCUCCAUGAGCUCAAUCAUCACCUUUCUCUCCAUCCUCACCUCUCCAUUUCGACUGCAAGAUUUCGAGCAAUCCCUCCCCCAUAAGCUAAUGUUGGGAUUCACGUUUCUAAUCCUCUCAUUGUCCAUGAUGAUGGUGCCAUUUGCAGCUACUAUCACCCUCAUGAUCAAUAAGGAAGAAAGAUGGACUAAAAUUGCACUGUAUUUAGUGGCAUUACUUCCCGUGACCAUCUUUGUGCUGUCCUAUCUUCCACCAUCUUUGUGCUGUCCUAUCUUCCACUCUACUUGUCCCUGACGAAAAUUUUCAUGUACAUGGUCAAGAAGAUUGUGGACGCUUGUCCUCGAUUCGAUCACAUACCUAUUCUAGAUUUGAUCUCCAACUUGUUCAAAUGUCGAGAACCCCAAUCUCUUGCAAUAUCCUCCAAAGCUCAUCAUGCUGAAAUCGACUCCACAAAACUUUCAUCAUCUCAAACCAGUCUCGUUUGAGAAAAAAAACCCAAGUGAAAUACCAUAUUAAUACCACACUUGCACAAUACUUUACCGAAAACACCAUUU